AUGGGAGCAUAUUUCUCAAAAUGGAAUAAUUCUGGAGAAAUUGGAUGGUUUGAUCUACCAUUCGAUAUGCGAAGAUCAAUAAUCGAUUUAAUGGAUUUCGAAUCAAAAUCAAGAUUUGCAAAGUGUUCAAUAGAUUGUUCGAAAGAAGUUAGCGAAACUCGAAAUUUUAUUGAAAAAAUAGUUAUAGUUGAUGGAAGAGAAGGGAAUAGUCGAAUUAUUCAGAUAUUUGUGACUGGAAAUGGAAAAGAUAACAAAAAAUAUUGGUUGUUUAAAAUAUCAGAAUUAUCUUCUGGAAAUAUUGAAGUUUGUUGGGAAAUGAAUAAUGAAAUUAUAUCGAGGAAAAUAUUUAAGAAUUCAAAUCCAAUUGAUAUUGUUUUGAUGUAUUUCAAUGAUAUUUUGAAGAAAAACUCGAAAAGUUUGAAAUUUAUCGGUGUUGUUAUCGUAAGUUUUUCAAAUGCAGGCUGCGUAAAAACUACCCGGAUAACUUGGAUAUUCAAAGAAAAUAAUUUUGCUUUCCGCUUGGGCUCAAAUAUGUCCGCCUAAUAAUACACCCUAUGGAUUCUGAUAAAAAAUAUUCGUUUAGAAUAACUCGUUUCAUUCUUGCAGGACGAUUUUCCAUAUAAUCAAACAAAUAUUAAAAAUUUGAAAUGUAAUGAUAUGAUAAGUUUGAGCAUUGUCGAAAAUAAAUAUGGAAUUGACCCGGUUUUGAGUGGAUUUGUUGAUUUUGAUACAAUGUGCCGUUUCAUUGGAAUUGUCGAAAUUCCAAAUUGUCCACUUGAAUAUAUAUUCAAAAUCGAAUCAGCUACUCGAGUUUUAACGAAUCCUAUCAUUUCGCUCGAUGAAUUUGACAAUUAUUUGAGACGUUUUUUGAUUGAUGAAGAAUUUGGUAGAAAUUUCAAACGAAUUGAAUUGAAUAUUGAGAAAUACGAAGAGAAUUUCGAUGAUUUUCAUAAAAUUAUCAGAAAAUAUAUGGAUUCUGGUGAAAUAAAAGGAUAUGAACGAACAAAACCUUGGUUUUAUAUGCGAGAAUCGACAAAAUGGGAACAUCAAACGCAUUUGUUGUUUUGGAAUAAGACAAAUUUUAGAUUUUUGACCCGUUAUAGAUCUAUAACUGUCAGAGUAUAA